AUUAUGUCGUAAUUAGCCCGCCAUGUAUACUCAGACCCUCUUAUCGUUUGGCUCGGUUUCUAAUUGACUCACGUCCUUCUCAGUUUUUGUUAUUCGACAGAUAAACAUAUUGUAUUUUAUCAUCUCUAUUCUUGGAUAUCUAUGAAAAAAAAAAAUCAGUUAUUCGCAUUUCAUAAUAAACUAAAAAAAAAUCAUAAGUUCACAAAAAAUCAACUAAAAAAACGUAAAGUAAUAAUUUUGGUACGAAGGAAAAUCUGACCGUUAAAUCAGUUAGAGAUGAAGCUUUUGGUUCUCCUUGAUCCUCUUAUCCAUCUCUCAACCGGAAUUCACCACUACCCUCUUCCUCUCUCUCUCUCUCUCUCUCUCUCUGCUUAUCCGAUGUACCACUGAGCCAACUCGUCUCUCACUGACUCGACUGGUCCGACGCACCCAAUCAUGGCACUGUUCGGGCCACAGCAUCUGGAGCGAUUUGUCCUCACCAAGCAGCUCGGCUACUGCUGCACCGCCAGCUCCGGCGGCGGCAGUUUCUCCAUACCCACAUCCAACGUAUCGACCGUCUUCGGUGGUCGCCACCAUCAAUCCACCAAAACCCUUCACUGCCCCGCGAUCGCCAUCGACGCCCCUAAUUCUUCUUCUCUCGCCGAUGUUGCCGGCGUCAGGUGGGGGUUCACUUCUCUUCAGGGCGCCCGUGAGGAGAUGGAGGACGACAUCGUCAUUCGCUCCGACGAGGGAUUCUCCUUCGCCGCUGUUUUCGACGGCCAUGCCGGCUUCAAUUCCGUCAAGUUCCUCAGGGAUGAAUUGUUCAAGGAGUGUGUUGUGGCUUUACAAGGUGGGUCGCUAUUGGGCGGGAAAGACUUCGGCGCCAUUAGAGCGGCUCUUGAAGGGGCGUUCCAGAAUGCCGAUUCAAGACUGCUAAGUUGGCUCGAAACGAAUUACGGCGAGGAUGAGUCUGGUUCCACUGCAACUGUGGUGUUCAUUGCAAGUGACAUGCUCAUCAUUUCGCACAUCGGGGAUUCGACUGUGGUGUUGUCUCGUUCUGGUAAAGCAGAAGUGUUGACUGAUCCCCAUCGUCCCUAUGGAAACAACAAAACCUCCCUUCAAGAAAUCAGAAGGAUCAGAGAAGCAGGUGGAUGGAUAAACAAUGGGAGGAUUUGUGGGGACAUAGCUAUAUCGCGUGCAUUUGGUGAUAUUCGGUUCAAGACAAAGAAAAAAGAAAUGCUUCAGAAAGGAGUCCAGGAGGGGAGGUGGACAGAGAAGUUUGCUUCUCGAAUACAAUUCAAUGGAGACUUGGUAGUUGCAUCUCCAGAUACAUAUCAAGUGAGUUUGGGGUCAGAUGCAGAGUUUGUAGUAUUAGCAUCUGAUGGCUUGUGGGACUACAUGAACAGCUCAGAUGCAGUUCAAUUUGUUAGAGAUCGACUUAAGCAGCAUGGAAAUGUACAGCUAGCUUGCGAAGAACUUGCUAGCGCGGCUCUAGAUCGGCGUUCACAAGACAACAUCAGCAUCAUCAUUGCAGAUUUAGGGAAGACAGAUUGGCAAAGUAUACCACCACUCCAGCAGCAGAACUUUGUGUUUGAACUAGGCCAAGCUUUCGCUACGCUUGGCAUCGUCUCUCUCGGAAUAUGGAUGUCAUCAUCUCUGCUCUCCUUAUAGAUUAGACAAAAUCAUCGAAAAAAUGUGUAUAUAGAAAAGAUCGACUCCAAUCGACAUAGACUACUUGUACAUGUUUCGGUAACAUCCAAAUAAAUCGCAACUUUCUGUGGCAUGGAAAGUUUCAUACUUGCAGCCAUAGCUCUGUUGAAGUUGAAUUGGGAGUGUGAUGAUGGGAUGACAGUGUUGUGAGCUAUGGUAGGAUUCAUUUGCUGGGUCAUUUUCAUUAUGCUUUUUGGCAGUGGAUGUUCUUAGACUAGCUGCAGCCCACCAUAGACUUAUAGUGGGGAUGAAAGAGUUGAAAAUGAAUUGCAGCAGAAGCUACGUGGAUUUGUUAUGGUGGUGGCAGUUUCCUGACCUCUUUUUGUGCCAAGCAUAACAGUGGAAGGGGAAAAGAUAAGAGGCCUGGGUUUCAAAGUCGUAUUAAACUGAUACUUUUAUAUUAUUACAUCAUGUAGAGAUACAUCAAUUAACUAAUGUAAAUACAUAUAUUAUAUAGUGAUUUAGCUGCUUCUCUUAUUCUUAAUCUCGUAGUACAAAAGUAAUCAACAGUAAACAGCGGUAGUCAAUGAAGCAGCUGGGCCUAUCUGAAACGGCGAGCGCUAAUUAAUCAAUGAUGAUGAUCAUA